AUGGUCGAUCCGCCGCUCGACGCCGCCUACCCCUCCGGAAAAGAGUCCGUGGAGUAUUCUUCCGCCAAUGCCCCCCGCACGGUACCGUUGCGCCAGUUCCUCCUCCGACGCACUGCUUGCGGGAACGGCGGAAACGCCGCCGUUGCGCCGUGGCGCAUCUGGGGCUGUUACAUGGGGGAACGGCGGGGAGACACAGCGCGAAUAGGUGCGGAGCUGGGUAUGGAUCGCGUGGUGGGCGAGUUCGGGUACGAGUUAAUCGCCGUCCUCCCAUUCGCCUACUGGCACCAUCUCAACGGCUCCCUCCGCUCCACCACCUCCUGCGGGCGGCAUUCCUUGGCCUCGAUCUACUACUUCAGCCCCAACCACACAGACGACGCCACGUGUCAUCGCAGUGACAUGAAGGACAAUGUCGCUGCAUACGGGUUUCCUCAUGGCAUUCAUUAUAGUCGCAUCCCUCCAGCCUGGCAGCCGCCUCCUCUUGCCCACUACUUCAGGAAGCAUCCCCCUGUGUGGCCGGAGAUUCCCAAGGGAUCCCGGUUGGUGGUGAUCGGGAAUAAAUACGAGCGGGAGUGGGGCCAUUCUCCGGUAAAUUUCAUCGAUAUACCGACUCUAUUGGGAAUCGUUGAGUCAUACUUAGAGGCGGGAUUUUAUGUGGUGUACAACAACCCAGGGAUGUCACUGGAGUCAGACCACCGGCAGGUUAUUAAGGACGGCACAGAACUGGGGGACUAUGAGGCGCUACAGGAGCGGUUUGGGGAGAAUACACGGCUUCAGAUCAUGCAAAAUCUUCAAAAAAGGUGGCCAGACUUGGGGUUCAACGACGUGCAGUUCAGGAUGCUAGCAAGGAGCGUGUGCUUCGUGAGUGUGCAGGGAGGGGGCAGCAUCGUGGAGAGCUAUUUUGGUGGAAAUAAUAUCAUCUACUUCCGUGAGGGGCAGGAGGUGAAGGGCGGGGCGUAUGAGAGGAUUUACCCGCAGCUGUCUGGAGCCAAGGUAAAAGUGGUAACCAGUUAUGAGGGGCUGGUGAAGAAGGUGGAUGGGAUGAUCAAGAAGAACAAGUGCCACGCUAAACUUCACUAG